AAAAACACAUCUCUCUCUCUCUCUCUCUCUCUCUCUCUCUCUCUUAAACUCUCUCCCAAUAUUCUCCCAUCAAUCAAAAACCUUUUUUGUAUCAAUCAAUCAGACUCUCCAUUUGGGGGAAAUAUUCAUGGAUGUUAAAGAUAGAGAUUGCAACAACUCUGCCAAUAUUAGUGAAGAAGAAGAACAGAUGGACCUGAGAAGAGGCCCAUGGACUGUUGAAGAGGACUUCGCUCUCAUCAAUUACAUCUCUACCCAUGGUGAUGGUCGCUGGAAUUCUCUUGCUCGUUGUGCAGGCCUCAAGAGAACAGGAAAGAGCUGCAGAUUGAGGUGGUUGAACUAUCUUCGUCCUGAUGUUCGACGUGGAAACAUCACUCUUGAAGAACAACUUUUGAUCCUUGAGCUUCAUUCUCGUUGGGGCAAUCGGUGGUCGAAGAUUGCUCAAUACUUGCCGGGAAGGACUGAUAAUGAGAUCAAGAAUUACUGGAGAACUCGGGUUCAGAAGCAUGCGAAACAGCUGAAAUGUGACGUGAACAGCAAGCAAUUCAAGGACACCAUGCGUUACAUUUGGAUGCCGAGGCUGGUGGAGCGGAUUCAGGCGGCUGCCGCCACCGCCACCGCCGCCGCCGCCACCGGUGGAGACUCCUCCACAACCACCUCCAACACUUAUCAGCUCAACAAUUCCAUCAAUAUGACCCCCACCGGCCACGUCGGAUUUCCACCAGCUACCGUUGGGGGUGCGCAGGUUAACACUAUUGCCACCCCGGAGAAUUCUAGCACGGCGGCGUCAUCGGACUCGUUUGGGAAUCAGGUUUCACCUGUCUCUGACUUGACUGAUCAGUAUUACAAUAAUCCGGUGCCGGUUAACAAUAUCCAAAACCAGGAUUAUUUCCAGGUUAAUCAGGCUGAUUUUUCGGAAUCCCUAAUUAGCCCAUGUGGUUACUUUAACCAAGGGUUAGAUUUCCAAGCUAUGGAGCAGAACAACCAAUCGCAGUGGAUGGAGAGUGGGGACAUGUCGGACAAUUUGUGGAAUGCUGAGGACAUUUGGUUCUUACAACAGCAGUUCCGCAACAACAUGUGAACAAAUAAAGGGCCGUAUUGACUUGUAGAGAGAGCGAUUUAGAAAACUACUUCUAUUAUCAACACAUAUGGUAGAGGACACAAAUGGAAUUUGUGAAGAAAGGGAGGUCAAUUUGUGGAUUUAUUCUUAGUUAUGCUUGUACUCUUUUUUUUUUUUCAUUUUAAUUAUUUGGGGAGGGUAAAGUUGAGAUUUGAGUUUUAUUAGUCUCAAUAUUCUUUGAAGUUAACUCGUGUAAUUCAAUUCAAUGUUACUAGUUACUAUGAUUGUACCACCUCUGUUCCGAAAUAGAUGUCGUCUUUGGUAUUUGUGACUCAGAACAAUGUGAGUUACAAAUACCAAAUGCAAUAUUGAAUUCGAAACAGAGAGAAUAUUAAUUAUAAAAGCUUUUAUUAA